AUGUUUUAUAAUACUGUCCAUGUAGAAUUUAGAAAACAGUUAGAAAGGCUACUCGACAUCGGGCAACUGGCCCCUACGACAGUAAUAGCGGACAUAUCCGUUUUAAAUGAUGAGGGACGGGAUUGUUAUCCGGAUACGCUCCGACUACUCCAGGGCCUCAAGAAAUACUCCGAGACAAAAUCGCCAGGGGAAUUUUCAGUCCAACUCCGCACAGGAUUUAUUCGCUUACUCCCUGAGUACUUCGACUUACCAAAAAUUACGAAAUAUGAAUUAGUAGUCGCCUAUAAACUGGGCCCAAAUGAAAAAAUCUGGUCCGUCGACGGCCCCUCAGCUAAGGAACACAUUAAAGAAUUGACAAACGUUCUCGCCCAACUCGUCAAUCUUCAGUGGUUUUCCUGGGAUUCCCAUACCGGUAAAUAUUAUAACGAUAGACGCACAAGAUUUAAGCUAUCUGAGGGACGGCAGGAACUGGAGAAGCUUCAAACUACGUUUACGAACAUGCGGCAUCUUAAAACGUUAAUUUGCAAAAAUCAUUUCUUUGACCCGUCAUUCUUUGUCGUCCCACCUCCGACUGUGAAGGUUCUCGAAUUGGGGGGGCUCUUAUCAUUCAGCUGGUGGAGGAAGUUCGCUGCUUGUCCUCUUACGAGUGUUGAACUCCUAGAAAUUCGCAAACCAGAAUCUCGGCAUGAGAUUGAGGAUCCCAUCGGCGAUCGGGACGAAUUUAAGCCAAUAAAUGAACUAGUUUUAGGGGAUGUAGCUGUCACAGGGCUAAGGGACUUUAACGCCAAACAGCACGACUAUUGGAGCCGACGGGGAAACGGUUAUUGCCCCAUCGAUUUGAAUGAAUGCAUACUCCGACGGAACAAGAAAAUUGGGCCAAAUACAUUUAAAGCAAUCGCAACCUCCCGAGCGAUAGACUUUAUAUACCAAUGGGAACGGAGUUUCGUACGCAAAAUCAAGGCCUGCUCGCUAGUCCUUAGAGAUAUAUACACUCGGAAGUUCAACAAAAGGGACAUUGACGAAAGCCUCCCCGCAUUUAAAAAGAUAUGCGCAAAAAUAAUUAUUGAAGGUCCGAAGAUUGGGAGCCUGGAAACGUGGGAGGUUGGGAUAAAGCAUGCGUGGAAAUUUGCUAUAGAUUGUCAAGAUACAAUUCACUACAGGCUGGCAUGGUACAUGGAAAUGAUUCAAAAGGAUCAAAAUUCUGCGAAUAGAGAUGAAUUGGAUGACGAAAUGGUUAGUAGGGAAUGCCUGCAAAUGCUUGUUAGGAAUCCUGAGUUCGGAAAUUCGGGAACUUUGGGGACCGGACGGGAACCUAGUGAGACCAUACAACAUUGCGGCCGUAUGUGGGAAGCGGUUCACCGAUGUGUGGGAAUGGCUCGACACGAGUAUACACGUAGGUUUGCAAAUUAUGAGCCACCAAAUGAAAAGAAGUUUAUGAGAACAUGCCUGAAAAUGCUCUCGAGAUGGCCGAACUUGAAGGAUGCUCGGAAAUGGGAAGCAAAAACGCGGGCGGGUGGGCUGGUCUUCGGUCAUACAAACACCCUUAUUCAAGACGUACAGCUUAGUCGGUCUGCCCUUAUCAAUGAAUACACGGAGAAAUUUUUCAAGGGCGAGGAAGUAGAGAUGGAAAGUGUCACAAAUCAAUGGGUGCGGAGACUGGCGGAGGCGUUUAACUACCUUUUGCCUCGUAUUGCCCUCCAGGAUAGUACUAUAGUACUGCUCGUAGCUAGGCGCCUUGUUAGUAGUUACUUGGCGAGGGCGGAGGGCCUCGGUCAAUAUUUCUAUAGACGAAGCAAGACAUUCCAAGAAAUCUAG